CAAUGAAUCCUGGGAGGAACUGCGUGUUUGGCGGAAUAUUUGAACAAAUUAUACAAAUCAUCAAUCAAUCCAGGCUCACGAUGGGAACGAAAAGCAGAAAUAAUAUAACACCAAUUCGAUGAAAUACUGCGCUGUGUACAUUCCGAGUAAUCCAUCAACAUGGAUGGCAGACGCAGUCAGGAUUCACAAAGCGAGCGAACUGACAUCGCCAAACUGACGCAGAUGAAGUCGAAAGUAAACAGAUUGAAACGGAGCCCGAAAGCAGCGACACUGAAUCCCGGGCAGAUCCGUAACACAGCGGAGUUCAAAACACCUACACGUCCAGCAAGAGGCCAGUUCAGAAGACUGAUACCUGACGACUCCCCCAGCAAUGAUCCUGACUCUCAUCAAGAUAUUAUAUGGGAUACGACAUCUCCAUCACCCAUUCGACAUGGUCAUGGACAAAGGAGAACUGCAAAUGUCAGAGCGGUGGAUAUAUCGGACAUUGCCAAUCGGAUCGCUCCAAAGAAUGGAAGACUAGAAGAAGUGGACUCAUCUUUACUGCAGUGGAUUGGAGACAGUGCCAUUCCCUGCACGCCGGAAGUACGACAACCCAAAGCCAAGCCUGUGUCGACAAAACAGAGCACUGUAGAAGAUCUAAUGCGGCUGGCGAAGCGCUUUGACUUCAACAUGAGGCAAGAUGAAGCUCAAGAACAGAGCUCGGAUGAACCGGCUUCAAAAGAGCCGCUACAUGGUGACCGAUACACAACAGCUCACGUCAGUUCUGUCAUGAAGAGUUCUGCUCUCGAACCCAAUGACAAGAAGCCUGUUGAUGAAAGGGGGCUUAAUCAGGAGAUGGAGGAUGAUCUUGAUUUCCUUUUUGAUGGGCCGACUCAACAGCUCAGCGGGCGUCUCAGUCAGGCGUCGAGUUUUCAUACUCAGGUUGUCCCUGAGAGACAUGUUUUGAAAGCCUGUGAUUCACGAAAAGGUUCUUCGUUCUGUACGACAGCAAACAGUGACAGUCAGCAAGUUAACAAUGCUGAUGAUUUUGAUGACGAUUGGAGCAGUGACGGUUUACUUGAUGACUCGUUGCUAUUGGAGAUGACGCAAAACCCAGAUCUGUUUGCUGCACCGCAGCACAGUUCAACGCAAAAACAAACUCACAAGAAUCAAACUGCCUUAAGUGUAAUGGCAAACAAAUCGCAAGUAGCUAAAAAGGAUGUUAAAUGUGGCACGUUUCAAGGGCAAAAGGCGAAAAGCGAACAAACUUUUCAGCUGGACUCUCGGGUAGAGGCGAAGCCUUGUGGAGGGUUGCCUAGAAUUGGAAAUCACAUUGAAAAUAAUUGCACAAAUCAGGUUUUUCCCAUGAGUAAAGCUUUGCCAGUUGCUCCAAGUUGCUUUAAUGCCAAUCAGAACCAGCAAUCUCAGCACAAAACGCAAGUACGACAGCAUCCGGUUAUUCAGAAUUCAUCUGAACUCAACAGUGUUUCCUCAACGCGCCGUUUCCAUUCAAACACCAAAGAAAUGCUGCCGUCCACCGGCCUCAGUACUAUAAAACCCCUUCAUUCAAAGCCGCCCAGCACGCACCAAAAUCCAAACUCUGGAGGUAUCGAACAAAGAGAAGAGGAUGCCGUUACAGGCCAAGAUGGCUUCAGUGAUGUCUUGGAUGAAGACUUGGACUCCUUUUUUGCAUCUGAUGACAUCUGGGAUGACGGCGCCGAGGACGAUGAUCUGUUUUGUGAGGCGUGUGAUAAUCUUGAGGAGUUACCUCCUGGCAAGUCUGAAACCCCAGACACAAACGGCCAACACAACACCACAAAAGCAGCGCAAAACAAACCGUGUGAAACGGCUAGUCAGCAAAAUGUAUUUGCUCAUCCUUGUCCACCCAAAAGGCCGGCUGUUAAUGUUUCCAUGUCCAGUGCAUACACAUCAGCGUCUCUGUACGGGCAGAAAGCUCAUGCUGUGAAUUCUGGGCCUACAGGACUCGGCUCUAAUGUGUCAUGUGACGCAAUGAGACCAUCUGGCCCCUUAAGUAAUGGGCCGUAUAAAUUUAAACAGGUGAGCAGCUCCUCUCAGCAGGGUCACGAGAGGGGCGUGUUGGCCGUCCUCCAAUCAGAUGUGAGAAUAUCGGACAGUCACCAGUUCAAGAAGCCAUACAGCGACUCGUUCAGGUCUGCGCCGGGCCUCGCCAAAGACGUGUGUAAGUCUGAAGCCGCGAGGUGCAGUGAUGCUGAGAUCGAGAGGAAGAAGAAGCAGGCUAUGGAGAGGCGGAGACUCAAGAUGCUGGCCAAUCAGAACCUCAGAGCUCCUGUCUGAUACAGCGUUACUAUGGAGAUGUACAACAAAACAGGCCCGCAGAGGUCUAUGUCUAUAUAAAGAGUUACACUGUUUCGACAUCACAACUAAAGCUGUUCCCAUUAUAAGCAACAAAUCUGUGCAGUUUCAUGGAUCUAAUUGUCCUGCAUCAUGCCACUUUGUUUGUGGGCAAAAUGUUACCAAAACUGUUGGAACAAUGGCUUUUGUUGCUUUAAGGGCCAUUCUUAUGUGUAGAACAUUAAAAUGCUGAUCUAAGGUCAUAUGGUUUGCCAUUAACGUUUCCGUUUGGGCAUCGAGAGACCCUAGAUAAACACUUUUUUUUGAUAAACAUGUAUAAUGACGUUCUCAAUGGAUCCCCAUUGGUUUCUAGAAAAUCAGGAGGAGCUGCCCUUUUCACUUCAGUCAC